AUGGCAGUAAACCCAUAUAACGCCGACUUCGUCAAAAAUGCAAUCGUUGCAGAUCACGACCUUAUGGGCGAGAAGGCAGCGGUAACUCACGACGAGGCUACUCAUAUCGGGGAACUCACGGAGGAGGAAAAGAUUAUCGAGAAGAAGCUGAAACGUCGUAUCGACACAACUGUUAUGCCCCUUGUCAUCAUGAUCUACCUCAUGAACUAUAUCGACAGGAACAACUAUGCCGCCGCCCGUCUUCAAGGACUUGAGAAAGAUCUCGGUCUCAGUGCGAAGCAGUACCAGCUAGGACUUUCAAUCCUCUUCGUCGCUUAUAUCCUCGCGCAGGUUCCGUCAAAUUUGCUGCUCAACCAUUUGGGAAGACCAUCACUCUACAUCGGUUUCUUUACUACAGCAUGGGGGCUGGUAUCAGCUCUCACUUCGCAAGUGACCACACCAGGUGGCAUCUAUGCCUGCAGAUUCGUGCUCGGCUUGGUCGAAGCACCCUUCUUCGCUGGUGUUCUUUUCUACCUUUCAAAAUGGUACACCAAGACCGAACUGAACUUGAGAAUGAGUAUCUUCUAUUCGGGCAGCUUGAUCUCUGGUGCUUUUGGUAAUCUUAUUGCUGCUGGCAUCCUCAAAGGACUUGCUGGCAAACGGGGUAUGGACGCUUGGCAGUGGCUCUAUAUCGUGGAGGGCACCAUAACUGUGGCGCUAGGACUGAUCGUCUGCUUCGUGUUACCUGACUUUCCCCACACAUGGAAGCUGCUGAGCCCAGAGAUGAAGCAUGUGGCCAAUCGUCGUCUUGCUAUCGAUGCCGCUGAGGCUGACAUCGAUGAGCCGGGGCUUACAUCUCAGCUCAAGGGUCUGAAAAUGGCCUUUACAGACAUCAAGGUCUACAUCUUAGCUCUCGCCUACCUCAGCGUGACAGGUGCUGCUGGAUUCCAGAACUACUUCCCUACACUGACAGCAACUCUGGGCUAUAACCAUACCAUCAGCUUGCUGCUUGUGGCACCACCGUACAUCUUCAUGACAUUUUACACAUAUGCCCAUGGCAGUCUGAGUGACAGGUUCGGCACUCGGUACUGGUUCUUCAUCUACCCCAUUCCCAUCACAAUCAUCGGCUUUCUGGUCUUCAUGUUCACAAACUCCUUCGCCAGCAAAUACUUCGCCAUCUUUCUCUUCAUGUUCGUCUUCGCUCAGAACGGCACCAUCUACUCAUGGAUCGCCGGCGCAAUACCUCGGCCUACAGCAAAAAGAGCGGCCGCGUUGGCCUUUGUAAAUUCAGUGGGAAAUUCGGCCAGUGUAUGGACGGCCUUUACCUACCGACCCAAGGAUGCUCCGCACUAUAGACCUGCACUAGGCAUAUGCAUCGGCCUUCAGGUGCUGGGAUUUGUGAUGGCCACCCUGUUGAGAAUCCUGUUGAUGAGAGAGAACAAGCGUAUGGACCGUAUGGAGAGUGAGGACUCCAAAUUGACUGAGGGAGAUGUCGAGAGGCUGAAAAAGACUGCUGAGAUGGAAGGAUUGGAUGUCGCGGCUGCGAGACGACUCCAGAAGGGCUACAGGUACAUGAUCUGA